UUCGCCAGAGAGUUUAAUCCGUUCAUUUAAUUAAGGUAUUACAUGACGUGUCACCCUGUGUACUCUUCACUCUCAGCGACUCUCAGUAAAAACGGGUUAACAGUCUGCACGCGCAAACCAGCAUAAUUCCUUUUAAAAGUUCAUUUUGAUGGCACGUUUAAUCAUUAUGAGGCGUUCAUCAUGUGUGCAAAUGUCCUGGAAUGUUGCGUGUUGAAAACUGCAGGCUGACAUGUUUAGUGUUCCUACCACUAUGUCAACAUACAUCACCCGCUGUCAGCACCAGGGUUGGAUGAGGGUCACCGACAUGAGAGGUUCAUCAAUACACUGGAUGUCUUGUGGACAGCCACUUUCAGAACCAAUCGGAUGGCAGGUCAAGUUUUGCUUGGUUGCAGAAUGUCAGCUUGUUCUCCUGGACAAGAGAGAGAUCAGUCCAUUGCUGUUCUAAGAGUGCCGUGCUGAAUCAUGCACUGUAUGGCUCCUGCGACAUAGCACCAGCAUUCCUGAGGGAGUUCAGCUCCGUAAAGACCAGAGCACCCAAACCAGAAAUGCCAAGUCUCUCACUGACAGGGUGGGCCGGCGGCGCAGUAUGCCUGGCAGUACGGUGGACAAAACGGUGGUCGCUAUGGAUGCAGAAACGUCAACACCUUUUAAAGUCACGGGCUUCCUAAGUCGCAGACUGAAGGGUUCCAUUAAACGUACCAAAAGCCAGCCGAAGCUCGACCGCCACAGCAGCUUCAGGAACAUCUUACCGGGCUUCAAGAGCGUGGAGAAUGACAGAUCCCAUCUGAUGCUGAGGCUGAAGGAAUCGCGGUCUCACGAGUCGUUGCUCAGCCCCAGCAGUGCAGUAGAAGCUCUAGAUCUCAGUAUGGAGGAGGAAGUGCUCAUCAAACCUGUGCACAGCAGCAUCCUGGGACAGGAUUUCUGCUUUGAGGUAACUACGUCAACAGGAAGCAAAUGCUUCUCAUGUCGGUCGGCUGCCGAGAGAGACAAAUGGAUGGAGAAUUUGAGACGUGCUGUGCAUCCCAACAAGGAUAACACCCGUCGGGUGGAAAACAUGCUGAAAUGUUGGAUUAUCGAAGCUAAGGACUUGCCUGCAAAGAAAAAAUACUUCUGUGAACUUUGUCUGGAUGACACGUUGUAUGCACGGACUACCUGCAAACUCAAAACAGACAAUGUUUUCUGGGGCGAACACUUUGAGUUCAACAACCUGCCCUCAGUUAGGAGUAUCACCGUGCAUCUUUACAAGGAAACGGACAAAAAGAAAAAGAAGGACAAGAAUAAUUACGUGGGCCUGGUCAAUAUCCCUAUAGCGGCAGUCACCGGGCGGCAGUUCGUGGAAAAAUGGUAUUCCGUGAGCACGCCGAAUCCCAAUAAAGGAAAGAGUCCAGGACCCAUGGUCCGCUUGAAAUCCCGAUAUCAGAGCAUGAGCAUCCUUCCCAUGGAGCUGUACAAGGAGUUUGCAGAGUACAUUACUAACAAUUAUAUGUUAAUGUGCUCAGUGCUGGAGCCAGCGCUAAGUGUGAAAAACAAGGAAGAGAUGGCUUGUGCACUUGUCCAUAUCUUACAAAGCACAGGCAAGGCCAAGGACUUUCUGACAGAUCUGAUGAUGUCUGAGGUGGAUCGGUGCGGAGACAAUGAGCAUCUCAUAUUCCGUGAGAACACACUGGCUACUAAAGCUAUAGAGAAGUACCUGAAACUAGUGGGACAGAAGUACCUUCAGGACGCUUUAGGUGAGUUCAUCAAAGCCCUGUAUGAGUCAGACGAGAACUGCGAGGUGGAUCCGUCUAAGUGCUCCUCCAGUGACCUGCAUGAGCACCAGAGCAACCUGAAGAUGUGCUGUGAGCUGGCUUUCUGCAAGAUCAUCAAUUCUUACUGCGUGUUUCCUCGGGAGCUUAAAGAAGUGUUUGCAUCCUGGAGGCAGGAGUGCAGUAACCGAGGACGACCGGACAUCAGCGAACGCCUGAUCAGCGCAUCUCUUUUCCUGCGCUUCCUGUGUCCUGCCAUCAUGUCGCCCUCGCUCUUCAGCCUCAUGCAGGAAUAUCCUGACGACCGCACCGCCCGAACACUCACACUCAUUGCCAAAGUGACACAAAACCUCGCCAACUUCACCAAGUUUGGCAGUAAGGAGGAGUACAUGUCCUUCAUGAAUCAGUUCUUGGAACACGAAUGGACCAACAUGCAGCGCUUCCUGCUGGAGAUCUCCAACCCGGAGACCAUCUCAAACACAGCAGGCUUCGAGGGUUAUGUUGACCUGGGCCGUGAACUCUCCACUCUCCUUUCUCUCCUGUCCGAAGCCGUCUCACAGCUCGAUCAGAGUACUAUCACUAAGCUGGGUCCUUUAGCACGGAUCCUGCGGGAUGUCAAUUCAGCCCUGACGAACCCCACCGGAGUCCCCGUGUCGUCUCCCACCGAGCGUGUAGGUUCCCCCACUCUACCCAGCAGCAGCCUGUCUACCGGUCUGCAGAAAAUGGUCAUGGACAGUGAGAUCACAGGGUUGGUGGAUUUCACACGGCUGCCCUCACCGACCCCCGAAAACAAGGAUCUGUUUUUCGUAACAAAGAAUUCUGUGAUCCAGCCGUCGCCUGCGCGCAGCUCCAGUUACUCGGAGGCUAACGAGCCAGAUGUUCAGAUCCCCAACGGCAGCAAGAGCUUGUCAAUGGUGGACCUGCAGGACAGUCGUUCUCUUGAGAGCGCUCCCAACACCUCCUUCAGCGACCCCAUCAAUGACAGCCAUACUUCUGUUGGCCAGGGCACAGGAGUGUGGACCACCCGCACCACUAUGGGCAACACACCCAGCGGUCCGACCCUGAGGAGGCCAGGACAGACCCCCACCACACCGAGUACAGAAACAGCCCUGGGGAGGUCCCAGCUGCUUGCCCCGCUCUCGUUCCAGAACCCUGUGUACCACAUGGCCGCCGGAUUGCCCCGUGCGGUGGCCGAUUCGGGAUCUGAAUGCCAGAGCUCCAUCAGCUCCCAGAGUAAAGCAGAGGAAGCAGCUACUGCGGGGUCAAAGCACCCAUUCCUGAGCCAGUCCAGCACGGGGGCCAGUGGCGGAGGGGGCAGCAGCGGGGAUGAAUUCAUUCGGUGUUCUGGAGAGUUCACUCGCAGACAGCUGUCCCUCACAGAGACCCAACACCAAGCCAACGUACCACGCCAGAACAGCACAGGGCCGCAGCGCAGGAUAGACCAGCCGCCUCCAACCGUCACAAGGGGCCGUACUCCGCCCAACAUGCUCAACACCGCACCGUACCCCCGUCCCUCCAGUGGAAGUAUGAUGUCAUCAUCUCCUGACUGGCCAAGCAGUGGCACCAGACUGAGGCAGCAGUCGUCGUCCUCCAAAGGGGACAGUCCAGAAUCUAAGCAGCGCACCUUACACAAACAAGCUCCAUCUCCUGUGAAUCCCAAUGCGUUGAACCGCACUGCUGUGUGGCUGCUGAAUAUGAAUGUGCAAUAUUUGGAGCAGGAGGGAAUUGACCCAGAUUCGAAACACCAGGAGGACUUUCCAAACAAGGAGGAUCUCACACCAACUGAAAAGUAUCAGCAGGAGAUUGCUGUCCUGCAGGAAAAGCUGCGUAUUUCUGCUAAGAAGCUGGAAGAGUAUGAAUCUCGCAUAAAGAGCCAGGAUGACCAAACCCAGAAGAUGCUCUUGGAGUACCAGGCCCGGCUUGAGGACACGGAGGAGCGAUUACACAAGCAGCAGGAUGAGAAAGAGCACCAGAUGAAGAGCAUCAUCACCAGGUUGAUGUCAGUUGAAGAGGAGCUGAAGAAAGAUCACACAGACAUGCAGGCCAUUGUAGACUCCAAACAGAAAAUCAUCGAAGCCCAGGAGAAGAGAAUCGCAUCCCUGGACGCCGCAAACGCCCGGCUAAUGAGUGCUCUGUCUCAGCUGAAGGAUCGUUACAGCAUGCAAACGAGGAACGGCAUCUCUCCCACAAACCCUACCAAGCUGCAGAUCACGGAAAACGGUGAAUUCCGGAACAGUAGCAACUGUUAGCGUGGACACAAACACACACAGGCUUACGGGCCUAGUGACGGACAAGGGCUAUGGGUAACUCUCUUACAGUGCGG